AUGAGUAGUGGAAUUCAAUCAGUUAAAGCAAUGUAUUAUUGUGCCAAUAAUGACAUUUUAUUUAUUGACAAUGACAGAUUGAGAAAACUUUCACAAGGUAUUGUUUCAACAUUGGCAGGUACAAAAGAAGCUGGAUUUAAUGGAGAUGGUAUUCCAGCUGUUAGUGCUCAGUUAAAUUCACCAUUAGGUGUUUCAAUGUCAAAAGGCGGUGAAAUUUAUAUUGCAGAUAAACUAAAUCAUAGAAUUAGAAAGAUUGAUAUCUUUGGUAAAAUUACAACAAUUGCAGGAACUGGACAAGCAGGUGAAUCACAACCAGCAGAAUCUGCCUAUUUAAAUGGUCCAGCAGGUAUUUUUCUUGAUGAAAAUGAUAACAUUUUCAUAGCAGAAGAUUUGGGACAUAGAGUAAGAUUCAUUGAUAGAUCCACCUCUCUUAUUGUAACGUUGGCCGGAACUGGAGAACCAGGAUAUGGAGGUGAUGGUUCUUUAGCAACUCAAGCUCAACUUAAUGGACCAGAGGCUGUUAUCCUUUCUGGAACUGGAGCUGUCAUUAUUUCUGAUACAUAUAAUCAUGCUAUAAGAACAAUUUUAGAUAAUAAUCUCAUUACAAUUGCUGGAACUCUUGGUACCAAUGGAGAUAGUGAUGGUAGUUUGGAAACAAAGCUAUAUUAUCCUAUGGGUCUUACUAUUACACCAUAUCAAGCACUAUUAAUUGCCGACUCAUGGAAUGACAAAAUCAAAAUGUUAAUUGAUGAGGCCCCAAUGAUGGCGCUAGCAACAGAUUGUAAUAAUUUUGCCAUGGCAUGUUGUGUGAAUGUUAUUGAUCGUAAUCCAUUUGCUACUCAAUGCCAUUGUAUAUCUGGAUGGGAUGGAACAUAUUGUGAUAUACCAGUGUGUAAUGGUGUGAGGGCUGAUAGAGGUGCAUGUGGUGGUUCAUCUAAGGGAGAUUGUACAUCUCCAAAUAAGUGCACUUGUAAGAAUGGAUAUUAUGGUAGUGAUUGCUCUCAAUUUUCUUGUCCUGGACGUUAUGAAGACAGUAUAGAUUGUUAUGGUCAUGGAACAUGUAUUGCUCCAAGUACUUGCUCUUGUGAUGCUGGGUAUUCAGGAUAUUUUUGUGAUCAAUUCCCUUGUCCAGAUUGUCAUGGACAUGGAGUUUGUACUGGUCCAAACACUUGCUAUUGUCUUACUGCUGGAUGGAAAGGUUCAGAUUGUUCCAUUCCAAUUUGUUUUGGAAAUAGUCAGGAUUCAGCAUGUAGUGGUCCAACCAAUGGUAAAUGUACAAGCCCUGAUGGUUGUUCUUGUAACUCUGGAUGGACAGGAAAUAAUUGCCAAACACCAACAUGUACAAAUAAUUGUAAUGGUCGUGGUGAAUGUGUAGGUCCAAACACUUGUUCAUGUAUCUCUGGAUGGGGAGGUGUUGAUUGUUCAAUGCCUGCCUGUAAUUGCCCAGCAGUUGGUUAUCAAUAUUGUGCCGGCCCAAAUACUUGUGCUUGUAUUUCUGGAUAUUCAGGUCCAAAUUGUGAUAUUCCUGUUUGUAGUGGUGGUUGUGGGAAUGGUUAUUGUUCAAGCCCAGGUACAUGCACUUGUAACCCAGGAUGGACUGGUGCAGAUUGUUCAACUUUUACAUGCACAAAUGGUUGUAACUCUCAUCAACAGUGUACAGGUCCCAAUACUUGUACUUGUAAUGCUGGAUAUUCAGGUCCAAACUGUGAAAGUUUUUCAUGUUCAAAUAAUUGCAAUGGUCAUGGAAUGUGUGUUGCUCCAAACACUUGUGCUUGUUAUUCUCGGUGGUCAGGUUCAGAUUGUUCCAUUCCUCAGUGUGAUACUGGAUGUAAUGGACAUGGUACUUGUGUUGGUCCAAAUGUUUGUGUUUGUAAUUCUGGAUGGGCAAGUCAUUCAACAGGUUGUAACACAUUUACUUGUCCAAAUGAUUGUAGUGGUCAUGGAACUUGUGAUGGUCCAAACAGUUGUACUUGUAAUUCUGGAUGGACAGGCUUAGAUUGUUCCAUUGUUUUUUGUUUUGGAAAUACUCAGGAUUUAGCAUGUAGUGGUCCAACAAAUGGAAAAUGUACAAGUCCAGAUGUUUGUUCUUGUAAUUCUGGAUGGACAGGAAAUAAUUGCCAAACACCAAUAUGUACAAAUGGAUGUGGUUCAAAUGGAGUUUGUACAGCUCCAAACACAUGUACUUGUAAUGAUGGUUGGAUGGGUAGUGAUUGUUCACUUCCUAUUUGCCCAAAUCAAUGCAGUGCUCAUGGAAAAUGUGUGUCUCCUGCUAUUUGUUCUUGUACUGCUGGUUGGACUGGAAAUGAUUGUGGUAUGGCAAUUUGUACUAGUGGAUGUUUACAAGGAAGUUGUACAUCUCCAAAUACGUGUACUUGUAAAGAAGGAUGGAAAGAUUUGGCAUGUAGUGGUCCUACACAUGGUAAAUGUUUGAGUCCAGAUGCGUGUAAUUGCACAAGUGAAUGGACAGGUCCUCAAUGUGACAAACCAGUAUGCAUUAAUGGAUGUGGUAAUUCAAAUCAAGGAUUGUGUGUAGCUCCAAAUACAUGUGAAUGUAAAGAAGGAUGGACUGGUACAGACUGUUUAACCCCUAUUUGUUUUGGAAAUAGUCAAGAUUCAUCAUGUAAUGGUCCUACACAUGGUAAAUGUGUAGAUCUUGCUGUUUGCGAUUGUACAAGUGAAUGGACAGGAUCUCAAUGUGAAAUCCCUGUAUGUAAGAGUGGAUGUGGUAGUUCAAAUCAAGGAUUAUGCGUAGCUCCAAACACAUGCGAAUGUAAAGAAGGAUGGACUGGAGCAGAUUGCUCCAUUGCUAUUUGCUUUGGAAAAACUCAAGAUUCAGCAUGUAAUGGUACAAAUGGUAAAUGUGUUAGUCCAGAUGCCUGUAAUUGCACAAGUGAAUGGACAGGAUCUGAAUGUGAAAAACCAGUAUGCAUUAAUGGAUGUGGUAAUUCAAAUCAAGGAUUGUGUGUAGGUCCAAACAUUUGUAGAUGUAAAGAAGGAUGGACGGGUAAAAAUUGUUUAACUCCAAUCUGUUUUGGAAAGGUAAUAAUUGUAAAUGGAGUGUUUCUAAUUUAUGACAAUGUGUACUCAGAAAUGAUUCCGUGUUAA